AUGAAGCUUUCUUCGAAUGACGGACCUGGCCACGAGAUCCCAGACGUCAUCGAGAAUCAAGAGCUUGAGCUCCUGCCCGAGGGCCUCUUGCCGGAUGGCAGGACACAGUCUCGAGGAGGGGAGCUGUCUCGUGAUCCAGAACAUUCUGAAAUCGUCCUGGAUGGCUCCUCAGCAAGUGACGGAGGCCUUGAGGAUGAGUUGGCAGAUGGUACAGGUUCCGAAGAAACUUCGGAAGCUGCUGAAGAGGAGGCCUCAGAAGCUGCUGAAGAGGAGGUCUCGGAAGCUGCUGAAGAGGAGGUCUCAGAAGCUGUUGAAGAGGAGGACGACUCUGCUUCGAGCGACUCGACCUCAAGCGCAUGUCAAAUUGAGGAGAUCGAGGUGACGGGCAUGGAGGGCUUUCAGGUGGAUGAGUGGGUUUGCGAAGCGCAGGCGCUAAUCCCUGCUGAGUCUCCCGAGGAGCAGGUCGAUGUGCCUGAGCCAUCCAGCGUGACCAAACAGGACGAUGCGGAAGGUGGACCUGUCACAGCUGGAGUCGCUGGAGGCCUUCCAGUUGAUGAUGCAGCUGCACAGGAAAAGGUCACCGACGACAUGGUUUCAGUCAUCAUGGAUGAGCUGCUCAAUGACACCAUCCAGUCUUCGGCCGUGUCCGAGCCAGCUUUACGGCACCCAACGCCAAUAGCUCCGUCAUUCAUUGAUAUCUUCAGCGAGGAUUCAGCUCCGGAUGGAUCCAGCGCGGAAAGCGAGAGCGUCGUUCAACCAUCUCCAAGAAGGCCGCCUUCGCAGAAAAGCGAAACAGAAUCGGGCGUGUCACCAAAAAAGAUGCCGUCAAAAGCUGAAGAAAUCCGCCUGGCAGCAGGAGGCGAGAAAGCUUCCAAGGAUGCUGGGCCACCGCGCCCGCCCUCGCCACCUCCUGACUUGCGUAGCACAAGUACAGAAAGUGCCAACGACUCUGCAGCACCGCAGAAAUCUCAGUCAAGCCCGAAAGGGCGGCAAGAGACGGCGGAGCUGAUCAGUCAGGAGUUGCUUGACAUGAUGCUGGGAGAGGCGCUUGAUGAAUUCGAAGACUCGCCCGGUCGGCACAAGACCAGUCCACGAGAGGAGACUCGAAUCAGUGUUCCCGAUGCUGGAUCCGCGCCAGCAAGUCCACUCGCAGGACCGCAGCCAAUCGACACCUCAGAAGCUGUCGUGGCUCCGUUCCUGGACGUCGUCUUCCAGCAGCUGGGUGUGACCGAUGAGGAUGAGGCGCAGCCGAUUGUUGGACCACUCCCAGAUGUCGAGGAGUGGCUACCGGCAGUGCUCGAAGUCAUGAAGACGCGUCAUCGUGCUACCCGUGGGGAAGAUCGGCCCAAGGCAGGACCUCCAAGCAGACCGAAGGAGGAGGAGGACAUCGAGCCCUCCUUGGAAGAGACGGAAGUCCAGAACGUCGAGAGCUUCACUCGACUGCUUGCAGAUGCUUUUCUGGAGACGGCGAAUGAAGAGGUCAAGGAGCAAGGUCCGCGGAUAAUGGGUUGGCGUCGACCCUGUUUCGGUGAAGCGCCCCUCUCACGUUUCCGCGCGAAGCAGGAGGGCACCACUCCAUCACAGCAGCAGACCUGGGAGAAGGUGAGGGAGAAGCUGACCGAGGCAGUACGCUUUGGCUGGCGAAACGAGGCCGGUGGAGAUGAGCUUCCUGCAGGCAGAACCCUUGAGGCUGAUGCUUCGUCAGGUGGAGCUGUCACCCUGUCCAACAUUGAUGAAGGUAUCGAUGCGCUUCUGGAAGAAGAGAUCUGCAGUGAUGAGGCUUCCUGGUUAGACAUCAAGGGCGACGUGCAGAAGGUGAAGAACCAGGUUGCUGGGAUGAUUUUCAUGGAUCUUGUCGACGAGAUGGUCACGGAGAUUGGCAGCAUGUGGUCGGCAUAA